AUGUUCAUCGGAAUUUCAGGACUGCCCUACUCCGGUAUCGACGAGGUGGCCGACUAUCUCGUUGAAGAGCUGCAGUUCAAACGGGUCUAUCUGCGACACGGAGACUCUAACGACGAUCUGCAUUUCAACACCGUGGACGAGCUGGUAGCCCAUGUGACUCCCAGAUGGCAGACGCACUAUGUUCUAGCAGGCAUCGAUUCGGCGGCCGAACUGAAGGCUCUGGAGGUGCGUCCUUUCUUUUUGCAUUUGACUGUCGACGCCCCUAUGCUUGAGAGCUUUGAGAGGGCCAAGAAGACAACCCCUGAUCUGAGCCUGGAAACGUUUAUUGAGGACAUGGAGACACGCAAGUAUUCGAAUGAGCUCACCCUCGUUGCCAAUAGUGCCAAGGUUCACCUGGUCAACAAGAACGGCGUCAAUUCCACCGAGCUCAGAGCGCAUUUGCGACAGAUGGAUCUCAUGGAAACCUCGCGUGUAAGACCAUCCUGGGACGCCUACUUUAUGCGUCUGGCUGAUCUUGCCGCUGAGAGAUCCAACUGCAUGAAGAGACAAGUGGGGUGUGUCAUUGUGCGGGACUCGAGAGUCAUUUGUACGGGUUACAAUGGUACUCCUCGAGGAGCUGUCAACUGUAACGAAGGAGGAUGUGCUCGAUGUAACUCUGGAGAGGCCGGGGCAGCGCUUUCGACUUGUCUGUGUUUGCAUGCCGAAGAAAAUGCUCUCUUGGAGGCAGGAAGAGAACGGAUCAGGGACACCUCCAAGCUGUAUUGCAACACAUGUCCUUGUUUGACUUGUUCCAUCAAGAUUGUCCAGGCUGGAAUCAAGGAGGUCAUUUACAGCAAGAGCUACAAUAUGGAUGCUCAGAGCAGUAAGGUGUUGCAUGAUGCUGGAGUGACCCUCAGACAGUUUACUGCUCCUGUGGAGUACUACUCGAAUUAG